AUGGAAAAUGAUAUAUUGGAUUCUCUCAGCGAUUUGGGCUAUGAAGGGCCAUUAUCUAACGAAGAAGCCUUCGCCAAAGCUUUGGAAGGUGGACCCAAAUCUCUUGAAUACACAAAGUUAGUGCACAUUCUGGCCGAGGAAUUGAAGGUUUUGUGCAAAUUAGAAGAAAAUGUCAGCAUUAUGAAUGAUUCUGACGAGUCGAGUUCGUUUCUUCUAGAACUGAGCUCAUUUCUGAAAGAGCUUGGAUGUCCAUAUAAGAAAUUGGUUACAGGCCAUAUGUCAUCUCGUCUUCAAACCAAAGAAGACAGAAUACUCCUUCUAGAUUAUUUGGUAUCUGAAUUAAUGGCGGCUAGAAUGGUCCGAGUUGAUUGUGUUAAAGAAAAUAUAGGCAUGCAGAUAGUUAUGCAAGAAUCUCAAACAGCGAAGGAUCUUAAAGAUAUAUUAAUAACACUUAAGUUCAAUAAGCCACCACCAAAUAUUACACCGGAUAUGCUUUUUGCUAAACUGGAGGCGAAACUCAAGGAUUGUAUUGCAAAAGAAGGUGAUUUAGUAGGGAAGCCGUUGUACAACAAAGCUUUAACGGACAAAGAAUGGAAGGAUUUGGAUGAAUUUUAUAACGAAAUGUUUGAAGACUACAGACUGAGACGAGAAACACUUAUAACGAGACUUGAAUGUACCAUACAGAGUUUUGAAUGGUCCGAUCGUCUCAAAUCAAAGACAGAUAUAAUACAAUCAACAUAUCGACCAAAGCGAGAACAGUUGAAAUUGAAGCCAUCGGUAAAAUUAUCAGACUUCCUCGCAGCUAGAACAGAUUUACUGUAUAUGGAAAAAACAUCAAGUGCAAGUGUUAGAAAGAAUACUAUUAGUGAAGUUAAUAAGGUUUUAAUAGGAAGGGUACCUGACAGAGGUGGUCGACCAAACGAAGCCCAACCUCCCCCACCAGAAAUGCCUUCAUGGCAACAGAGAUCAACACAGGGCGCCAGAGGAGGCAGGGGAGGCGGUCAGGAAAGAGGAGGCAGGGGAGGCGGUCAGGAAAGAGGAGGCAGGGGAGGCGGUCAGGAAAGAGGAGGGAGAGGAGGAGGUCAGGAUAGAGGAGGCAGGGGAGGUCAGGGAGGUUACAGGGGAAAGGGCGAAGGUCGAGGAGGAAGGGUGCAAGGAGGAUAUAAUCAGAACUCGGGGGACGUGAGACAAUCAGGCUAUCAGAAGGGCUAUGACCAGAACAUUGGCUAUGAUAAUAGAUACAAUCAGAAUAAUCAAGGCGGCGGUGGAUAUCAAAACCAGGGCUACCAAAAUAAUCAGAGUUACCAAAACAGUUAUGGUUACCAAAAUAACCAUGGUUAUCAAGGUAACCAAAAUAACCAAGGUUACCAGGGUAACCAAAAUAACCAAGGUUACCAGGGUAACCAAAAUAACCAUGGUUACCAAGGGAACCAUGGUUACCAAAGUAACCAAGGUUAUUCCGGUUAUAAGAAUGAACACGAUGAUCGCAGACGUGGUGGUUUCAGAGGUCGUCGUUGA